GUUGUGGCCCGGGGCCCAACCUUCAUCAGUAGCGUAGUGUUUACUGUCCUUAACGUGAACAUAUAUUUGGUAUGGCAUUCUUUCUCUACAGUUCGCGCGAAAUAGGAUGUUUCCUUAUUGAAAUCAUUCCAUGAAACCUGUGAUUCUUGUGGACGCCACGGUACACGUGCCCUGCUUUUGAUGUACAAGUUGCUCUGUUCCUCAAUUGGCUUUGCAUUUCUUUGUGCCAUUUUCACAAACACCUUUCGCUCAAGGUUUCAGAACCGAAUAAAUUGGGUAAUCUUAUCUUGACGCUCUAUCCAAUUUCGAUAAACUGAAGUGGCUUUGCUUAUUUGUUAAUCAUGAUCAGAAUCAGAUCUAACCUAUCUGUUUUCCCUGUUGUGCUACUACGCAUCAGCCAGAACUCACUCGCUGUUAAUCACUGUCAUAUAGUUGAGCAGCCCCUUAUGGGUGCUGCUUUCAAUUUGUUAAACCCUCCAAAGUCUGAAACUUUUUCAGCUCCACCCAAAUUUGGUUUCUCUGUCAGGCUUUUUUCUACUUCAUCUUCAAUCAGAAACCUUGGGGUGGAUACUGAUGCCCCUGCACCAGGAUUGGAUGGGGCCUCAAGUGAUGAUGAUGAGGAUGAGGAAGAGGAAGAGGAAGAGGAUGAUGGCAAUCAUAAGAAUGAUGAUAAAAAUGGUACCCAUUUUAGUCAGUUGCAUUUAAAGGAUGAUGGUCUUGCCCAAGAUGUUAAAACCAUUUUGGAUAUUAUUCAUGAACCGGGUUCUGGACCAUCCCAAAUUAAGCACAAGCUUGAGAGUUGCAGUGUUAUGGCAUCUUCAGAGCUGGUUGUGGAGGUCCUUUCGAGAGUUCGCAAUGAUUGGGAAGCAGCCUUCACCUUUUUCUUGUGGGCUGGCAAGCAACCGGGGUAUGCUCAUUCGGUUCGCGAGUACCAUUCUAUGAUCUAUGUCCUUGGCAAAAUGAGGAAGUUUGAUACUGCCUGGUCCUUAAUUGAGGAAAUGAGAGGAGGUAGAACUGGUCCAUCUCUUGUCACCCCACAAACUCUCUUGAUUAUGAUCAGAAGAUACUGUGCUGUACAUGAUGUUGGAAGGGCUAUAAAUACUUUCUAUGCGCAUAAAAGGUUUAACCUUCAAGUUGGGCUAGAGGAAUUUCAAGGCCUUCUUUCUGCCCUUUGCCGGUACAAGAAUGUGCAAGAUGCUGAGCACUUGAUGUUCUGCAACAAAAAUGUUUUCCCAUUUGACACUAAAUGUUUUAACAUUAUUCUGAAUGGAUGGUGUAAUUUGAUUGUUAGCACACGUCAAGCAGAAAGAAUUUGGCAGGAGAUGAGCAAGAGAGGAAUCCAAUAUGAUGUUGUAUCCUAUGCAAGUAUCAUAUCUUGCUAUUCAAAAUCUUCUAAACUUUACAAGGUGUUCAAGCUAUUUGACCAGAUGAAGAAAAGGAAUAUCAUUCCGGAUAGGAAGGUUUACAAUGCAGUCAUUCAUGCUCUUGCAAAGGGUCGUCUUGUGAAAGAAGCUGUCAAUCUCAUUAGAACGAUGGAAGAGAACAAUGUUACUCCAGAUGUUGUUACUUUUAACUCCCUGAUCAAGCCUCUCUGUAAAGCCCGCAAAAUUGAUGAAGCUAAAGAAAUUUUUGAUGAGAUGUUGAAGCGGAGUCUAUCUCCAUCAAUUCGUACUUUUCAUGCCUUCUUCCGUAUAUUAAGGACCAAGGAAGAAGUAUUUGAGCUUUUGGACAAAAUGAGAGAGCUGGGAUGCCACCCAACUAUUGAGACUUACAUAAUGUUGAUAAGAAAGUUUUGCCGAUGGCGCCAACUUGAUGAUGUCUUUAAGAUAUGGAAUGCGAUGAGGGAAGGUGGAAUCAGCCAUGACCGUAGCUGUUAUAUUGUACUGAUUCAUGGGCUGUUUCUGAAUGGAAAGCUGGAGGAAGCAUACAAAUAUUAUAUAGAGAUGCAAGAGAAAGGCUUCCUCCCUGAACCUAAGACAGAACAAAUGCUUCAGGCAUGGGUUUCUGGUAGACAGGUAACAGAGGGCCAGGUGACAACACAUUUAGAACACAAUCAAUUGGAACAUGAUGCUCUUGCAAAGAAAGUCAAGGCCACACCCAGUAAAUUUGAUAGGGAAAAAGCUUUUCUUCGCCAACCUGAGACCAGAAGAGUAAUAAGAGAACGGGGCUUUUCUCUCUGGGAGCAGUAAAUAUAAAUCCUUAUCUAACAAGAGGUCUGAUGACACUUUCUUCGGCAUACUUUUCAAAUUUGAUUGUAUUAACCAGACAGGUGCAUGUCAUGCUCUUUUUUUGGUGUAUAUCCAGACUUCAACUGUCUUACCAUAAGCAAGAGUUGCCAGGUAAUUGGAAUGAAAUACGCAAUUUUGCCAGAUGCAUGAGAACUCAAUGAUGUAAUAAUUUAUCACCGAUGGAGCUGAAGAGGGAGUGCAGGAGAGGGAUGUAGUAUGGUGUAGAAGUGGUUUACACAUUGUUAGAAUCUGUAAACUUUACUGCUAAGUUGAUUCUUAUUAAAAUGAUUUCUGAAAGAAUUUGUGGAUACACUUGCUAGAUCCCGUGAGUUUUAAGUUUUUUAAAUUUGUAUGUAAUUUUUUGUUAGCUAAGCUCUUCACGAUUUUGUUCAAAUGCAAUUACUUCUAGACCUUAUUAUUGUUUGCUGUGCUAGAAAUAAAGCAAAGGGGUAUAAUUCCAUGUAAC